AGAUCUGAGGAUUGCUUCUAUAGCUGCCAUGGAUACGAAACCAGAGGAGGAAGAUGAAGUUAUGGAGCAGUUCAUGGAUAAAUUCCGCGCCCAAAAAUACGAGGGGGCCUUUAAUGAAGAACAUUGGGAGCAGGAAUUUGAUAAGAUCCCCAUGUUCAUGAAGAAAGCUCCUGAUGACGAUGCAGAGAAAACUCCGGAACUGGCCUGUCUGCAGUCAAUUCUGACCAAUGAUCCUGACGAGCUGGCCUGUUCCUGCAAAGAGGAAGGCAAUGACUAUUUUAAGGAGAAGAAGUACAAGAAAGCCAUUGAGGCGUAUACAGAGGGCAUCAAGAAAAACUGCAAAGACCAGGAGCUGAACGCGGUUCUGUACACCAACAGGGCGGCAGCACAGUUUCAUUUAGGUAUGUUAAAGGAUUUGAAGUGACAAUCACAGGGACACAGACAACAAUAAAACAUUAACCCUUGAUCUGACAUUUAUCUCUGCCUUAUUUAAGGUGUUUUAUGCUACACGGAAAUAAAGAAUUAUUUAGAGGCUUUGAAGUGGUGCGAUGAAGGCUUACGGAUCACCCCCACUGAGAGAAAGCUGCUGGAAAUCAGAGCAAAAGCAGAUAAACUGCAGAGAGCAGCAGACAGAGAUGCCAGGAGAAUGAAACAGGCUGAAAAGAAGAAACAUACAGAGAAGAAUUCUUUGCUCAAUGCCAUUCAGAGUCGAGGGAUAAAGUUGCAAAAACGGAGGAGUAGUGGUGAUGAUGACGAGGAGACGCCCUAUCAUAGUGUAACGACCCCAGAAAAUGCAACCGGAGCUCAGGUGUUUUUGGAUGAGAAUGGCCGUCUUAGCUGGCCGGUGUUGUUUUUUUAUCCAGAGCACAGUCAGACAGAUUUCAUCUCUGCAUUUCAUGAGGACUCCAGGUUCUAUUAUCAUCUAACAGCAAUGUUCUCUGAGGAUCUGCCCCCAUGGGACACGGAAAGAAAAUAUCUUGCUCACAAUCUGGAGGUUUACUUUGAAGAUGAAGACUCUGAGUGUUUCUACCAGGUGGAUCCAGACAGCACCUUACUGGAAACCAUGCAGCACAGCAGGUUUUGUGUGAAAGCCGGAACACCAUCAUUUUUAAUAUUUGUGAAGCGAUCUCCGUUCUGUAAGAAAUACUUUUCGGAUAAGAAGUUACAGAGGAUACGCUGACAUUUAAAGACAAACUAUGAACUUUGACCUGGAUAUGAUGUAUGUCACGCCGGUAUUAUUUUAAAAACGAUUUGCGAUCAUGGACACUGUGACUGCAGCACUCCUUGGGAAGUCUUGGCUUGACAUUCAGCCUCAGUGGGCGCACUUGUUGUUCUAUA